AAGGCAAGGAGCGACACAUGAUGUUUUCCGAGACUCGGUGGAACUGCAUCACUACCUUGAAGCCUUCCAGAUGAUCGACAGGGUCCCCAGACCCGUCGUACUUGUCGUACUUGGGCAGGCGAAACCCGACCGGGAGCGGAUCCCUUAUGACCUCAUCAGCUAGAGCCGUGUCAUUAGUGAGGUACGGCUCUCGAGUUCUUGUCUGAUUUUCUGCUACCUUCCGGAUUUCGUCCUUCAGGUCUAGGAUCAUCUGCUUCAACCCUGGGUCUUUAUGUCUCUGACCGUCUCCUUGGCAUGGUUCUUCAUGCCUAGCCCCUGUGGCGCACCGCAUCCUUUCUUUGGGUGCGGGGCUUUCCCUUGUUGCUUGGUUUCGAGGAUUCUUGUCGAAUCUUAUCGAUCCUGAGCUACUUCGGUCCUCGUCUUGAACUCGCUCUGGCUGGACAUGGGAGCCUCGCGCUGCUUUAUUGGUCUUUUGAGAGACGGCCUUAGAGACCUCCUUCAUUGUCUCGGCCAUUCAGUCAUACUUCUCCUGAAGGGCGUCAAACUGCUCCUUAGUCACAUUUCUGUGCCCUAGGAGGGGGUGGAGGAUUAUUGUCUCUACGCACCGAAUGUUCGGCGGAGCGCUGGUCCCUCGCGGAACCUUCCCUAUCAUUGUUUCCCCGUUCUUUACCGAUGUCUGCCGAGGGGGGGGAGAGAUUCUGAAGGUUCCCCCUCAUUUAUAUUUAUACUCGGUGCUGAUCUUGUUUUCUUACGAUUGUAGGUUUUUCCCACCAUUACUCUGUCGUUCCCACGGACGGCGUCAAUCUAUUACUGCCGAGAAUCUGUAUGAGACUGAGCGCGGAUCCUGCACAGGCACAGAAGGCAAAGGCUCGGAGGUGGCUCUGGGAUUAGUCCUCCGACGCCCAAGUUAGAGACCUGCAGAACAAUGUUUUUCCGAAGAGUAAUGGUGUGAGUGUAUUGACUUAUCCGUUUUGUCUUUUAGGGUUCCUUCUUAUAGGAUUACCCAUUUUCCGAGUCCUACUGGGAUACGUCUUCCUACCUUCGUGGGGAAUAUUCCCUAUCUGGGUAUCUCCUCCUCACGUCGUUAGAGUCCUUACGGCCUCUAUCAAUUGAGGGGGACUCCAGUCUCCCCCUCCUUCUGAUCUCCGGAGUCAUGGUCAUAGUGGGUAUCCCUCGGUUGGGCGCCACGUGUCCUUCCUUCACUGGGUGACUAAUUUGAGCGUAUCAGCAAUGGAAGAAAGACAAUUGUCAUUGCUUCUAAAUGGAAUCCUUCCCAAAUCUUCGAUAUUUUUUGCUUUUCUACUUUACCAUGUCUUUCUUGAUUGUGGGAUACCUUUUAAAAUGGGGGGAAAAAUCUACCUUUUACUGCAAAUUCGUGCCAUUUUUGGUGCAAUAAUCUAGUUAGAUCAGCCUUUUCUCAUCUUUGUGCUCAAAUAACACCGUUCGGAUGGAGUCAUCAUUGUAGCCCACCAUCUGCUUCUAGUGAAAACUUUGAGCAGAUAAAGUCUGUUUGCUUUGUCAUUUUUAAGAUGUCCCCUUUCGUAUGAAUGGUUAGAGGAAUUAAGAUCUCUGACUUGGGGAAAAGGGAGAAGAAUAGAAGAAUUUUUUUGACUGAAGACUGUAUAUUAUGACCUGUGGUUAGAUAGGAUUUAUACCUUCCGGCUUUCGGGACUAUAACCUAUAGAUAGAAAAUAAUAAAUGGGAAACCUGACAGCUUUGCAGAUUCUCUUAAUAAUCUUUCAGAAACAAGUUUUGUGCAAAUUGGUAAAAUAUAAUCUGGUUUUCAUGAAGCGGUUGAUAUUAUUUAGGAUGUUGUUGCUCAUAAUACAAUUUCUUUCUUUCAAUUUGCAAUUUCAAUGGAGCAUUCUAGAAUGUCAUGUGUUAACUGGGACAUUCAACACAUGACAUUCAUUCCAGUUUAAGCUUCAGUAGAACAAGGCAAAGCUCCUUAUUUCUCAGUUCCUUGCGAUUUAGUUCGUUAACUGGGACAUUCACAUGGUGGGUGUUCCUUAAAUGUCUUCUAUCAGGUUCUGACUGCUUAUUGGAUAAGCCAUGGUAGGCACAUACUGUAUCUCAUUCUAAGCAUAUCCCCCUGGUAAUCAAAUCUUAAUUGACGUCCAAAACAGCUUCAGAUGCUGAAGCUGUUUUCUAGGUAGAUAGAUACCUUGCUUGACCUAUCAAAAAAAAUGAUACCUAGAGGCUGUUGAGAGGGUGUUCACAAACCCUUAAUUCAAAAUAAUUAUUCUUCAAGUGUUGUAUGCUUAUGUGUUUGCAAGAAGUUGGCAUGGUUUGCUAGAUGUUUGACCAUUGUAUAUAUAGUGUUGACCUAAAACUAUGAAAGCUUGGAUAACCCAACACUAGAGGAAUUGAGUUGGUACUGAACUAAAUUGUGUUGAUGAAGCCUAUUGUGAUUAUGGAUGAACAAAUGUGUCUAUUGAGUAUUUUAUUAGAGACUAUUAGCAAUGGGCUAUUAUUUGAACACAAUUUUCUUCAUUUUAUAACUAUUUGGUCAUGUUGACAAACUGAGAAGGGCCUACUUGGUGUACUUUUGAGUAGGUCCCAACCCAUAUUGUGUGGAACAAUUUAUUCAAAUUUUCUAUAGAUAAACUUCUUAUAAAAAGAAAUAUCUUCAAUAAAAGUUUUACAGCUCAACUGAUUCAGCCUUAUGCCAACUAAAUGGGGUUGGCCAGAUGAAUCCUUUUCCUCCAAUUAGCUCUAUUCGAAGCCAUACUUUUUACUAUUCCUAACCUAUGCAUGUCUUUCCUCACCACAUCUCCUAGUCAUUUUAUGUAUACCCCUGGCUCUUUUAGUUCCUUCAAUCGAAUCAAAUCACCUCUCCAUAGUGGAGCAUUCAAAGGCCUCUGUUUUACAUGUCCAUGCCACCUCAAACGACUUUCUCACAACUUAUUAUGUGUCAGAGUUACUCCUAUAUUACCUCUAAUUUGUACAUUCGUUAUUAUAUCCUUUUUAGUUUUACCACUCUUCCAUCUCAACAUCUUCAUUUUCAGCCGCACUAAGUUUAUUUAUAUGUUGUUUCGUCACUGCCCAACAUUUAGCUCCAUACAUCAUUGCCUGUCGUAUAAUUUUCCUAUAAAAUUUUCUUGUGAGUUUAAAGGAAGACGUUGAUCAACAACACCUCGGACACACCCCUCCACUUCAUCCAUUCUAUUUUAACUCUUGUGCAACAUCAUCGAUUUUCACUACCUCACUUUCAGUCCUUUUUUGUUACUAAAUUUAUACACCAAAUAAUUUGUUUUCGUUCGGCUCAUCUUAAAACCUUUUGAUUCCAUGCUUUAUCACCAUAAAUUUAUUCUUGCAUUUGUUUUGUCUAUUGAAACAAUAUCAUCAGCAAAAUGUAUACCCCCAGGGAUUUGAUGUUGAAUAUCUAAAGUCAGCUCGUCUAUAAUUAGUGCAUGCAAACAAAUAUGGACUUAAAAAUGAUCCUUGAUGUAAUCCAAUUGUAAUUGAAAAGUCAUUGCCCUGCCCCUCACAGUCCUUACAGCUGUCACCACACUAUUAUACAUAUCUUUAACUAUGUUUAUAUAUUUACUCGGAAGACAUUUCUCCUCUAAUACUUGCUAAAUUAACUUCCUAGGGAGAUCCUUCUUGCUUUAUAUAAAUCUUUCCAUUAGUCUCCAAAGAAAAUAAAUAGCUUCUUUUGUUGGUCUUCUUGGCAUAAACCAAAUUGGUUAUUUGAAAUAUUAGUUUUUUGUCUCGGGCAGGUUUCAAUUACUCUUUCCCAUAAUUUCAUAGUAUGGCUCAUGAAUUUUAUUCCUUUAUAGUUAUUACAACUUUGAAUAUCACCUUUAUUUUUAUAAAUCAGAACUACAAUGCUUUUCUCUUUCGUUCAUCUAGCAUUUUUUUUAUGCUCAUAAUCCUGUUAAACAACUUAGUUAGCCAAGUUACUCCACAAAUUCAUAAGCUCUUCCACACCGCUAUUGGGAUACCACCUAAGUAAUUGCCUUACCUAUUUUUAUCUUCUUUAAAACUUUUGUUACUUUAGACACCCAUUUUUUUUUCUUUUAUAUAUCUAAGACUUGUGGUUGAUGGUUGUUGCAAUCUUGUAAAAUACUAUUAUUUGUAUUGUUUUCAUUUAGUAAGUGGUAGAAAUAGUUUUUCCAUCUCUCUUUAAUAUCCUCAUCACUUAUUAGUACUUUAUUGUCUCCACUUUUAUGCAUCUAAUAUGGUUGAAAUCUCUACUCCUCCUUUCCUUUGUGCUCAAAUUGUUAUAGAGAUCCUCUUAUUUUUCAGUCCUUUCUUUUUUUACUGUCUUCUUAGCUUCAUUUGUAGCAAAUUUAUACCUUUUUAAAUCCUCUUCAUCCUUGUCAUAUGGCAAAUUUUAAAACUAGGUUUCUUAGCCUUGAAGGUUGCUUGAACUUCAUCAUUCCACCACCAAGUUUCCCUUGUUGAAUGUUGGUUUCUUUUAGGCUCGCCUAGAACUUAUUUAGCAAUAUUCUUAAUACAAGUAGCUAGGGGUGUCAAUCGGUCGGGCCGGGCCGGUCUCGGUCGGGCCAGGCGGUCCUAUGUCCUCGGAGAUGAUAUGCCCACUUGUCAGUAGUUGUCGCCAUAACUGUUGCGACAAUUUGAAUAUCAGGUACGCUCACUCACACAAACAACAUAGGCAACACACAUGCACAAAGAAAAGAAAUAAUAAUAAUAAUAAUAAACAAUGAAAAGAAUGUAGUUCAUCACUGCAAUUCAAGGAAAGAAAAAUAAUCUAUUUGGGAUAUAUCAUUUCAUCCCAAGGGGGUUGUUAACAUGUAUAUGUACUCAAGUGGCUCAUAUUAUUUACAAACAGAUCAAUGGACCAAGAGAAUCUUGUCUACCUGUUUCCAUAAGAUGGAUAUUGUCUGCUAUUAAAAACCAAGAAAACCGUGCUAAUUUUGUUCUCAAGUGGUCUAUAUAUGUUCAUUAUAGGAUCAUGAUCCAUAAAAUUACCAUCUUUUGAGAUUUCUUGUAGGAAUUUUUUUGUGCUGACAUUGUCUGCAGUUGCUUUAUAUAGUGAUUCAGUUUCUUGGUUCUGUAACAAAUGAUGACUGGUAUAUCAAGAAGCUACAGUUCAUAAGCGUAGUGUAUGGCGUUUGUGGUCCGAUUCAUCAAUAGUAAGAGGCUUCAUUCUAUCCACAGAAUGAUUGGAUUCUACCAAGGAACUGAUUUCAAUGUCUCUCCUUCUACCAGGGAUUCCCUGGUCAAGUCCUCUUCUACAUUUAAGACUGCCCCAAGCCUUCCAAUAAUUACUUCCUUUUCACAUUGUUCAAGUUACAUUAGAACUGCACACCACAGAGACUGCAAGGGACUGAGCUCUCACUUUGAAUCACCAUCUGUUAUAACUUCAUUUUGUUCUCUUCUAAUGAAAAGAUUUAUUUUGAUGGAGCAUGAUAGUAUUUUCCUAAAAUGCCAGCAUGCUAAAUACACAAGCAAUGCAUCAGUGAUUCUGAAGACAGACAAUGACGUUGUCAGAUUUUGUCUUGAUAAGGCGCCUAAUGAAAAAAAUAGAUCCCAGAAAAAAGAGAAGAAACGAAAGAUGUCCCGGAAAGCAAAAUUGAAUGAACUCAGAUUCUAUCGCUUAAAAGCAAAAAAGAAGAUUACAUCUCCAAAUCCAGAAGUCAGGAUUAGGUACAGGCUUGAAAAGGCUAAGCGAAAGGAGUUGUGGUUGAUUGAGAAACUGAGGAAAUUUGAGGUUCCUAAAGCUCCAUCUGAAACAUAUGAUCCUGAGGUUUUGACAGAGGAAGAGAGAUUUUACCUCAAGCGUACUGGUGAAAAGAAGAAGAAUUAUGUGCCACUUGGUAGACGUGGAGUAUUUGGAGGCGUUGUUCUCAAUAUGCAUCUCCAUUGGAAGAGGCAUGAAACUGUUAAGGUUGUGUGUAAGCCUUGUAAACCUGGACAGGUUCAUGAAUAUGCUGAGGAGCUUGCACGGCUAAGUAAAGGCAUCGUGAUUGACAUUAAAGCUAACAAUACGAUAUUAUUCUAUCGUGGAAAGAAUUAUGUGCAGCCAAAGGUUAUGUCUCCUCCUGAUACCCUAUCUAAGAACAAGGCCUUGGAGAAGUACACAUAUGAACAGUCCCUUGAACACACAAGCCUGUUCAUUGAGAAGUUGGAAAACGAGCUGGAAGAGUACCAUAAGCACCUUUCCCGGUACAAAAAAGGAAAAGAGACUGCAUUAGAAGAUUCUGCAGCUAAUAGCUGAUGGUAUUUUUCUGUCGUAGCACUUUCUACACCCUAAAUACAUUUGGGGAAGAAAAGAUGGAGAUAUCUCCUGAAGGAGUCUGCCAUAGUGAGGUCAGGAAAUAGAGUAAUUUGCUCCCCCUCCCCUUCUCUCUCUCUCUCUCUUGUUAAACAAACUAUAUUCCUAUAAAGUGACGAAGGCACAAUGUGGCUUCCUGAAAGAUCAUGCAAUUGCAAUAUUACUGGUGUUAGAACUAUUUUCUUAGAACACUGGAGUUUGUAAGUUAAUAAUCCCAGGUCUAGACAUUAAAACCUGGGAGCCCCAGUGUCCGUCUGCUGUUUCUUUUCCUGAUAUGGGUGGUGAAAACAACAACCAACCAAUGGUUCUGGCAUGACCAGAUUCAUGAUGUUAACUAUUCAACUCAUAUUCUGAUUUGCCAUAUGACUGGUCAUGUACCAAAACUUCCACCUGUAAGGUCUGUGCAAACUGGUGGUUCUCAAGUGAUCCACAAUGACUGCCAUUUUUCUGAAAAUGGAAGACAUAUCUCAUGGAGAUGGAAUGAUUUUAGCACCAGCCAUUGGUCUACUGUUUGGUAUUUUGAUGGACUGCAAGAUGCCUGUCUUGGAGAGAGUUGGCUUGAUUAUAUGGUGAUCUAGUUCCAUUUCUAAUUUCUGGAAUGUCUAUUUAAAUCCUCGUUAGCCUUAAUAUUUAAGUGUCUAACCCAUUAUCUGGAAUGGAACUGUCUUUCUGUGAUUUUCUCUUC